CGCUGCCCGGCCGGGAGCUCCCGUGGGCAGAGAUGGAGAGGAUGCAGGGCCUGCCCGGUGCCCAGCGGAGGAAGCUGGAGGAGACGCUGGCUCAGAGGGAGCGGGAGCUGAGAGAGGCACGGAGCACGGCCCACAGUGCCCGGAAACAGCUGGCGGAGCAGUCGGCGGUGAGAGGGCAGCCCCCCUGCCCAGCCCCAGUACCCAGGCCGGUCCCCGGGCCUGGUCCCAGCUGCCGCCCAAGCCCCCGGUCAUCGGACCCACGGGAGGAAUCUCAGGUGGUCUGUAACCAGACCUAGGGCCCAGCUCCAGCGCCCGUUCCCGGCAACGGGGGUGGUCUCCUGGCCAGUCCCUCUCUGGGGGUUCCCGGGUGUGCCCGCGCAGACAGCUGGGGGUGGCCUGCCGUGGCCCUUAAGCUGAGCUCCUGGAGGGAGCCAUCGUGCCCAGACUAACCCGAGCCCCCAGGGACACCGUUCCCACAAGGCCCGAGCAGGCGGGCUCAUCCACAGCCCCACUAGCCCCAGAUCCCCGCUAGCCGGCCAUUCCUCCUGCCCUUCCUCCCGGACUCCCCCACCUCCGUGGCCGUCUGGCAGACGCUGGUCGACCCCAGGGAGCUAGAUCUGUCCCUCUGGUCUGCCCUAUCCCCCAGGCGGAGGCACGGGGAUGGCACCCUCCUCCUCGACCCAUCGGGGGUCAGGGUCCAGGGGCCGAGGCCUCUAGCCACUGGGCUUCCUGCCUUGACCCAAGGGGGUCAGACGGGGAAACCAAGGCACGGAGCGGCCUCUGAGAGCCCGGGGCCCCGUUCUCUCGGACGGCCCUCGAGGACGCAGGGCCCCUCCAGGGGUCACAGGGACCUCGGGUGGCCUCCCUGGCUCCCCCUCCUCCACUCCUCUUUCCACCCUCCCUGCGGGGGGGCCGAGGGAAGGAGACCCUCUCCAGGCCUCAUGCCCGCCUGCCCGCCCCCGUGCCCGCCAGGGGCUGCUCACUGCCCAGGGGCAGCUCAAAGAGGUGCGGGAGGAGAACUCACGUCUGCAGCUCCAGCUCAAGACCCUGAACGACGAGUAUCGAGGACGGCUCCGGCGUCACCUCCGGACCCUGGCGGUGAGGGAAUCCCCCGGCCGGUGGACGCCACAGCCCCACCUCUUGCCCCGGCCCCGGCCCCGUCACCACCGUUAGGCCGGCCCAGCCCCUGGCCUCGUCCAGCCCCACCGCCUCCACACCCUCAGCCCCGUCCCUGGUAGGGGAGAAAGGUCUAGGAGGAAGCAAUCGCCGAGGCGGCCCGUGGGGAGGGGGCAGAUAUGGGCGGAACAUCCCCCCCCCCCCAAAUUUGGCCAAGGACUCCAGCCCCGUUCCCGUGCUACUGCCAGCCCACCCGGCUCUGCUGGCAGGGUUUCAUGGCCGGUCCCACCAAGCCUGAGCAGGACCCCGGGAAGGAGCCCCCCGGCCCCGGGCGGGCCUUGGCGGAUGCCAUGCUGCGGGACAUCGGAGUCACCUACCAGGCCCGCGAGCGGCAGCUGGCAGGGGCCGCCCGCACCCUCAGACGGCGCCUGCGAGGGCUGCUGCGGAGGCACGAGGAGCUGCUCGUCGCCUACAGGUGGGACGGGGGUGAGGGGGGGUCACCGCCGGCCCUCCCACCUCCACCUGGCCUCUCCCCCGACCCCUCCCCAGGUCACGCCGCCCCUCCCGGAGAACGGGCCAGACCCACGCCAGGCCCCCGGCCCCCUCGACCCCUCCCAAGCUCUCCUCGGGGGUCCCCGGGCAGGAUGCAGCGGGAGCAGAUCCUGGCCCACGGCGACUCCCUCGUGGAGCCGGGGCCCCCCGAAGCCCACUUCGCCGGCGGCGCCGGGGACCGGCAGCGGCCCGCCUCGGCCCGGGAGCUCGGCCGGCCGCGGGAGGACAGAGCGCGGCUGGAAGCCCGCCUCCGGGAGCUGCAGGCCGUACGGUCAGGGGUCAGGGGACGCGGGCCAGCCCGGGGCCGCAGCCGCUCGCCCUCCCUCCCUCCUAGCCCCGAGGACGAGGAGCACUGGGCAGAGCUCCGCCAACAGCUGCGGGACUUCACCCGCACCACCCAGAGCCAGCUGGAGCGGGAGCGGAGCCGGCUGCUCAGCCGGGCCCUGUUGGCCGAGGAGCGCUUAGCGGAGCUGCAGGACUACGUGGACCGGCACCUGGCCAGGUGAGCCCGCCGCCCCCG